UGCGGGGUGCAUGCUGGGAAGCGCUGCUGCUGCUUGCGGAUAAUAUAGCAGAGCAUCGCACCGUCUGCAUGUCAGCCCAGCCUGCCAGCCACCUCUAGCCACAGGACACACCCUGCCUGCAGGGGGCCACACACCGCCUGGAGGUUUCCAUGGUGACAUCUCUCCACUAUGGAUUACCCCAGUAGAAGCCCCCUGCGGUGCCUGGUUGGAGUUGCUUUGCUUGUGUUGUUGUUCUGUGACCCCGGGGCUGGCAAGCAGGAGCCAUGUCAAACCUGCCGUAACCUGGUUUUCAACAUUCAUAAGGGCAUAGAGAAAACAGCUGGAUUGAAUUUUGGUGGAGGAAACACAGCAUGGGAGGAGGAAAAACUAUCAAAAUAUGAGACCAGCGAGACACGGUUUCUGGAGGUGAUCGAAUCGGCUUGUGAAAAGUCAGACUUUGAGUGUAAUGUGAUGGUAGAGGCUAAUGAUGAGCACUUGGAGAACUGGUGGUUGAAGAGGCAGAAGGAGAAUCCUGACCUCUUCCAGUGGCUUUGCAUGGACACACUGAAGUUGUGCUGCCCCGAAGGAACAUUUGGCCCAGAUUGUGCUUCCUGUCCUGGUGGUGCAGAGCUGCCUUGCAGUGGAAAUGGGAAAUGUAACGGGGACGGUACCCGAUCUGGCACUGGGAGAUGUGACUGUUAUCCCAGCUAUGGUGGUCCGAUCUGUAUGGAUUGCGCAAUUGGAUAUUAUGAGCACGAGAGAACUGAGAGCCAUCUGGUAUGUUCUGAGUGCCACAAGGCAUGCAGCAAAUGUGUCGGCCCUGACAACGACCAGUGCAUUCUCUGCAGGAAGGGUUGGCUUUUACAUGACAAUAAGUGUAUAGACAUAGAUGAGUGCGGCACAGAAUUGGAUCGAUGUAAAUCUAACCAGUUCUGCGUUAAUACUGAUGGAUCCUAUGAAUGCCGAGACUGUGACAAAUCAUGCAUUGGCUGCAUGGGAUCAGGACCAGCCCGGUGUAAGAAAUGCAAUGUAGGGUAUUACAGAGAUGGGGCCAAAUGUCUUGAUAUUGAUGAGUGUGAUACUGAACUGCCAAAGUGCAAGGGUUCCAAUGAAGAGUGUGUCAACACACAGGGCAGCUAUAACUGCGUGUGUCAGAAGGGCUUCUCCAGAAUUGGUGGUAUGUGCAGAAGGGACAAAACCGAUGAUGAUGCUGAGAAGGGCCUUUUUGAGGACAUCACUGAUGAUGAGAUUGUGGUUCUGCAGCAGAUGUUUUUUGGAGUUGUGAUCUGUGCCUUGGCCACACUAGCUGCAAAAGGAGAUAUGGUUUUCACUGCAAUCUUCAUUGGCGCUGUGGCUGCCAUGGCCGGGUACUGGUUUUCAGAAAAGAGUGAUCGGGUCCUUGACAGCUUUAUGAAAGGAAGAUAGCUUCUCACGGUCUCCCAUUUCAUGUCUGAUGGAACAUUUGCACCAAACAUUGCUGAAAAGGGAGAAGUGUAUAAAACCGGGUCACCAAAGAUCUUAUUUCGAGCCUGCUUUGAAACAAAUACCUUGGAUGAUGGACGGUGAUUUCCAGACUUGGCUUAGUUUAAGAAGACAUGUUUAUCCAGCUUAUUGGAUACUGUGACACCAUUUAAUGAGGUCCAUCAGCUAUGGAUAUCUAUAUAAAUACGACGGUCACUUAGUAGACAGACACAACAAAAAGAUCUUUGAGAAGGAGACAACGAAACGUCCCUGCCGGCGUAUAUUUUAGUUUUUCUAUUAUUUAUAAUCUAUUGGCAUAUGUAGUUAUAGGAUCAUGUAAAAUUAAACCUUUUUUUUUUUUAUCUGUCCACAUCACAUCGUACAGUUAGUAAGUUCAUCAUGCAAAGACAAACUAAUUGAUACAAAUAACUAUGGAUAAUCUACCAAAGCAUUUAUAUAUUUAAAUAAUGGAAUACUUGAUACACUGGAAUAUACUUGUACAGGUUAACCCUGGCUUAUUGUCCAUUCUGGCAUCUACAACUCAGUAGAUAAAAUGAGUUUGGUGGUAACACAAUUACACAAAUAGUUGUUGGUUGUAAACAAGAUGCUAGCCUUUGGUUGGACCAGGUCUAGGAAAUCAUUUGGACAUCUAGGUGAUGUGAUGGCUCUUUUAGGUUUUUGGAAAAAGAAAUUGCAACUGAUAAUGUCUCUUUGAUUAAAAUGUAAUUUGAUGCUCCUGGGUGUCUCAUUCUCUAGACUAGGUGUCCUCAAACUUUCUAAACAGGGGGCCAGUUCACUGUCCCUCAGACAAGAAUGGGGGCCGGACUAUAGUUUUAAAAAAAUUUUUUAACGAAUUCCUAUACAUACUGAAACAGACACAUAGACAUAUACAGACACAUACUAACAUACAUGCAUGCAAACAGACAUACAUAUAAACACAUACAUAUAUUGACAUACAUACAAGCACAUACAUAGACACACAGAUAUACAUACUGAAAUACAUACACAUACUGAAAUACAUACACAUACUGACAUACAUACACAUAGCUAAUUUUUCUUACUUUUUUGCAGGGGGGUGGCUGUGACUGAUGGGAGUCGGCGUGGCUCUUUCGUCCUCACGGCCUGUCUCUCUUUCUUCACGCGAGGAGGGAGCUCAGAGAAAGCGACCGCUGGUCACUUCCUCCCAGCACUACUUGCGGCUGCAAUUUUUUUAAAGCGGCCCUGUCGCGCAAUUGCAUGGCCGCAGCGCUGACCGGGCUCCUGAAGCUAUAGGGCCCAUUCAGUGGCCCUAAAUGCUUGGGCCGGGUUCAGGACUCUGGCGGGCCGGAUGCGGCCCGUGGGCUGUAGUUUGAGGAGCCCUGCUCUAGGCAUUAACCUAGGAAGGGUUUCAUUAGAAUUGAGUAACUGGUUAUCUUUAUUUCUGGCUUCACUACAUAUGGUGACAAAUUGUUAUUCUAGCACAGAAAAUGUGAGCCUUGGGCAUUCAGUUUACUAACCAGUUAGUCUCAGGCUUUGGAAUUAAAUAUUAUUUCUAGAAUUUUAGAGGUGUACUGGAUGGCAGCUUUGGGUGAUAUCCAUCCUUUGCUAGAAUAAAAUAUGGUAAAUUGUUAAAUUUGCUAUUUUUAGCAUAAACAAAUUGCUGUUUGACAAUGCAAUUCAAACCAAUUCUGCUUGCAAGUCCAAAUGGUGGAAUAUUUUGUAGAACUACAACUUCAAAUAUGCAAUGCUAACUCUGAACACUAUCACAACAUUGCAUGUUUGCCAUAGCCCUACACUUAACAUUGACAGUGGCUUAGAACUACAGUGAUUUAAAAAAUAUAUAUUAUAUAUAUCUGUAGUUCUAAACUCAGAUUGUCAGUUAGGCCGCUAGAAUGCAAAUCGUUGGCUGCCAUAUAUUAUGUUGUCCAAACUGUGUGUUCAGUGUGAAAAUAUUACAUGGACACCUUGGGACGAGCUCUCUCCUCCGCAGAAACCGUGUACAAGCGUAAAGGUUCUGAUUUUGGUCAUCCUUGCAGUUAAACCAUUUCAGUCAGCAGCUGGUAUCUUAGGAGCACAACCAUUAUUUAUCUUAACUGUUACCUCUGCAGAGAAAAAAUAUAACAAUGUAAAAUUGCAAAUGGCCACCUUGCUGGCAUGAAAAACAUAUUGUAAGCGAAAUGCCUGUGUGCAUCACUUUCAUUACUUCAUGUUUUGUUUAACUUGUCUUGUGUUUAUGCUUCUGAGAAUAUUUGUGCCUAAAUAUUACCCAUGCGUCAACUGUUUGUUUGAUUUAAGUUAGCCUGUAUCCCCCGAUGUGGCACUCAAUGGGUUAAAUGCUCUUCAUGGAGGAUCAAACUAUGCACAUGAGAACCCUCCAUGUUUGAGCGUGUUGCGUGUCUUGGGCAUAAAGUGUGUUUUCCACAUAGCAGUUAUUGAAUUAUUAGGUAACACUUGGCACUGACAUGGUGUGAGCUACGUUACCCAUGACGCCAACAUCUGUAGUGCCAAGCUCUCAAUGCAUUAAUGGAUUAUAUAUUGUAGAACAUACUCUGGUAUAUUCUGCUGGACAUGUUGCACUAUAUCUAUUUUACCCGUGUUUGUGUUUUUUUUUUUUUUUUUGUGUGUGUUUAAUUGUUAUUUAAUGCUUUUAUGAGAAUACUUGAUGUAUUUUAAAAAGUUAAAGAAGAAAAUGCAAGAUGUGUAGAAAAGGGAAUGGGUUUAUUU